UGCAAAGUGUGCUGUCAAAGUGGAGUGCGAAGUCUAAAACAAUAAUGCAGAUAUGAUAUGAACUGAAUUGAAUUGCGUGCAAAGCAGUUCGUGUUAUCCGGGGACUUUUUCUAAAUAUGCGAAAUCUUACCCGGUGUUAUGAGAUAUAUAUGUACUCCUAUGUGCAAUGUUUAGAGUGGUGAGUGGCGUGAGCGUGAGUGAGGGACUGCGUGCGCGCCCCCGGAGGCACGCGCUUUUGAAUGGGCCCGCGGAGUGUAUGGGUGUCUGUCUGUUUUUAGUUUUGCAAUGUGUGAAAUGAAUGGUGAGGAGGCGACCGGAGCGAGUGCCAUGUUAUUUAGUGCAGUACGGCAAAUAAAACCACGAGUCUUGAGCGAAGACCUGACUUGUUUAUUGAGCCCACGCACUCACUGGAGGUUCCGAACACGGGAGUUAAACCCCGAGGGACGAGCGGCUGCUGCGCCCCUUUGGCCCUGGAGACGAAGACGCUUCUCCCCUGUGUCCUCUGACCACGGUCCGAGGACCGAGACAGGAACGGUUUAACACCGGGUAUUCUAUCCACACGCCUUGCUUGGUUUCUGUUCUGCCUUUUGGUCCGAAGCGCCCAGCCAUGAGCACACCGCGGGUCACGUACUGUUCUAGUCUGACGAGGGCUGAACCAAACUACCUCACUAUGGCAGAAGCUGGUGAAGAGAGUAGUGACAUGGAGUGGUGCUUUUCUCAAGUAAAAGGGCCAAUAGAUGAUGAGGUUGCUGAAGCUGACAUAAUUUCUACUGUUGAAUUCAACUACACCGGAGAGCUACUAGCCACAGGAGACAGAGGGGGCCGUAUUGUUAUCUUUGAGCAAGAUAAAAGCCAGAAUCAGCCACAAUGUCGUGCACAGUACAAUGUUUACAGUACCUUCCAGAGUCAUAAGCCCGAGUUUGACAGCCUGAAAAGCCUUGAGAUCGAAGAGAAAAUAAACAACAUUCGAUGGUUGCCUCAAAAAAAUGCUGCACAUUUUGUUUUAUCUACCAAUGACAAAACAAUAAAGCUUUGGAAAAUAAGUGAACGUAACAAAAGACCAGAGGGCUACAAUUUGAGAGAUGGGCAAUAUAAAGAUUUCACCAACAUCGCAUCACUACAGGUGCCAUUUUUCAAACCCAUGGACUUGAUGGUGGAGGCCAAUCUAAGACGAGUGUUUGCCAAUCCUCAUACAUACCAUAUUAACUCGAUCUCAGUCAAUAGCGACAAUGAGACCUACUUGUCUGCAGAUGAUCUACGGAUUAACUUGUGGCAUCUAGAGAUCACAGAUCAGUGCUUUAAUAUUGUUGACAUAAAGCCAGCUAAUAUGGAGGACUUGACAGAGGUUAUAACUGCAGCAGAGUUUCACCCCAGCCAGUGUCACACUUUAGUGUACAGCUGCAGUAAAGGCACAAUUCGUUUAUGUGACCUGAGAGCAGCAGCACUGUGCGCUAAACAUGCCAAAUUAUUUAAAGAGCCAGAGGAUCCAAACAGACGCUCAUUUUUUUCUGAAAUAAUAUCAUCCAUUUCUGAUGUCAAGUUUAGUCACAGUGGACGCUACGUGAUGACACGAGAUUAUUUGUCUGUCAAAAUCUGGGAUAUCAACAUGGACACAAAGCCAAUUGAAACAUAUCAGGUGAACGCAUAUCUCAGGAGUAGGCUGUGUUCGCUCUAUGAGAAUGAUUGCAUCUUUGACAAGUUUGAAUGCUGUUGGAGUGACAAUGAUCGUGUGGUGAUGACAGGCUCCUACAACAACUACUUCAGGAUGUUUGAUAGAGGCUUUAGACGAAACAUGACUCUUGAGGCUUCCAGAGAAAAUUGUAAACCCCAGACAGUCCUGAAAACUUGCACAGGUGGGAAACAUAACACAGAGGAGAGCUGCAUAAACAGUUUGGAUUUUUCCAAGAAAAUCCUACACACAGCCUGGCAUCCGCUGGAUAACAUUAUUGCUGUGGCCACAACCAAUAAUUUGUUUAUUUUUCAGGACUUAAACUAGUUCCCACACACAGAUUUACCUUUUACAUCAUACACGUACAUACUUUUACGUUGUUGUUUAUAUCCGAACAAAACAAAUAUUCUAACUAUAUUUCUUAUUUUACCUAUUUUGUUAAACUCUACUCCAAAGAUUUAUUAGAGAUAAAACAAUAAUUACUUAAAAGUCUUCACAGAUCUUUUGUAAAUUCAACAUUACUAGUAGAACAUAUGGUAAUUAGUUACAAUGAAAACUGGAUUCUGUUCAGUAGUGCCCCUAGACCGGCUCCCAAUUGUGCAAUCUUCGUAAACAACAUCUCAGGACAAAAGUAUACCUUUCAAUGUGUGCAAUGACAAUUUGGCUAACUUAUGAAGCCCUGCUACGCCUACACAUCCGGCUGAUUAUAUUUAUUGUGUUUGUUGAAUGAUUUUUGGCUGUGCCAGAUCAAAUUAAUUAUUUUUGUUUUUAUCACUGUACUAUUUUUAACUGUCUGUCAGGAGGCCUUUGGGUAGUUUUUAACUUCUAAUGAUUUAGUGACUUUUGAAGUCUCUUUCACUGCUAGAUAUCUAAAGAAAAAUAAUUGUGGAUGUUAUGGUCUAGCUAUUCUUGAUCUCAUUGGUUUUGAGUUAAGAAUCUUUAAAAAAAAAAAAAACAUUUAAUCCUUUGUAAUGAAUCCUAAUUAUGUCGUAGUAAUGUGGGUAAAAAGAAGGAAAGAAAAGAUAAUCAUGUUUCAUGUUCUUAAUUCACCAGUGACAAAUCACGAGUGAUAAAUGAUGGUUUUGGGGACUAGGGCUUCUAUGUAGAUGGAAAUUAUGGAAAGUAAUAAACACUUGAUUGGUUAA